AUGGCGACGCCCAAGAGGACCAACUCGCCGGCGGCGAUGCCUCCCGCUCCCAAUCGCGAGGAUGCUUUGGCGACAUGGAACUACUUGGAGGCAGGCAUAGAACGCAUCAUGCUUCACUUAGAGUCCGGUAUCGACAUGCAUACUUAUAUGGGAGUCUACACGUAUAGCCUCACUCGCACCCCCACGCCCUCGACGGCUAUCGGUCUAGGGGUCAGUGCGGCACCCUCGAUCGGCAGUGGAAAUCAUAGAGGAGCCCAUCUUCUCGGCGAAGAGCUGUACAAAAAGUUGACCGACUACCUGGUUGCCCAUCUCCAGGGACUCCUUGCCGAAUCCAAGACGCACACCAACGAGGCUCUUCUCGCGUUCUACAUCAGAGAAUGGACUCGCUAUACCAACGCUGCGAAAUACAUUCAUCAUCUGUUCCGCUACCUCAACCGACACUGGGUCAAGCGAGAGAUGGAUGAGGGCAAGAAAAACACGUAUGAUGUCUACACAUUGCACUUGGUACAAUGGCGGGAAGAGCUGUUCAAGAAGAUAUCCGACAAGGUCAUGGAUGCCGUACUGAAGCUGGUUGAGAAGCAGCGAAAUGGCGAGACUAUUGAAUUCAGCCAGAUCAAACAGGUUGUGGAUUCGUAUGUCUCCCUCGGCCUGGAUGAGACCGACCCUACGAGAUCGACGCUUGAAAUUUACCGAUUCCACUUCGAGAAGCCGUUCCUCGAGGCGACCGCAAAGUAUUACCAGAACGAGUCAAAACACUUUGUGGCUGAGAACACGAUUGUGGAAUACAUGAAGAAGGCCGAGGAGCGGUUGGACGAGGAAGAGGAGCGCGUGCGCAUGUAUCUUCACGCCGACAUACUGGCAUCGCUGCGGAAGACUUGCGAGACGGCUCUCAUCACGGAUCACGCGUCUGUGCUUCGGGAUGAAUUCCAGGUUCUACUCGAGAAUGACCGCGAACAAGACAUGGCUAGGAUGUACGGUUUGCUUCUUCGGAUUCCCGAAGGCCUGGAUGCCCUCCGUCAAAAGUUCGAAACUCAUGUCCGUAAGGCCGGACUUGGUGCCAUCCAAAAGGUGGCCUCUGAGAACACUGAGAAGCUUGAGCCCAAGGUCUACGUCGACGCUCUAUUGGAGGUUCACACCCAGUACUCCGGCCUCGUGUCCCGUGCUUUCCGCGAGGAGGCCGAGUUCACGCGGUCUCUGGACAACGCUUGCAAAGAGUUCGUCAACCGCAACGAGAUUUGCAAGAGCGGUUCAAACAAGUCUCCCGAACUGCUGGCCAAGUACACCGAUGUGCUCCUACGCAAGAGCGGAACCGGCAUCGAGGAGACGGAGCUGGAGAACACCUUGACACAGAUCAUGAUUGUUUUCAAAUACAUCGAGGACAAGGAUGUUUUCCAGAAGUUCUACUCCCGCAUGCUGGCUCGUCGCCUGGUGCACAGCAACUCGUCCUCGGAUGAUGCCGAGACGAGUAUGAUCAGCAAGCUGAAAGAAGCUUGCGGCUUCGAGUACACCAACAAACUUCAGCGCAUGUUCCAGGACAUGCAGAUCUCAAAGGAUUUGAACAACAGCUACAGGGAGCACUGCAAUGGCUUGGAGAAUGCCAAGAAUGUCCUCGACUCGCAGUACUCCAUUCUGGGUACUGGUUUCUGGCCACUUCAGGCUCCCAACACCAACUUCACGCCACCAGCGGAGAUCAACGAGGAGACGGAGCGCUUCUCGCGCUUCUACAAAAACAAGCACGAGGGUCGUAAGCUAACAUGGCUGUGGCAGCUCUGCAAGGGCGAACUGAAGGCCGGCUACUGUAAAGCAAGCAAGACGCCUUACACGUUCCAAGUGUCCAUUUACCAGAUGGCAGUUCUCCUCCUCUUCAACGAGAAGGACAGUCAUAGUUACGAUGACAUUGCAGGCGCAACGCUCCUGAGCAACGAAGUGCUCGACCAGGCACUGGCAAUCCUUCUCAAGGCAAAGGUACUCCUAAUCUCCCCCGAGGGCAAGCCAGAGUCAGGCAAGGAGCUGCGGCUCAACUACGACUUCAAGAGCAAGAAGAUCCGAGUCAACCUAAACCUUGGAGGUGCCAAGGAAGCGAAGCAAGAAGAGGUGGAGACAAACAAGACCAUUGAGGAAGACCGCAAGCUUCUCAUUCAGUCUGCCAUUGUGCGUAUCAUGAAGGCAAGGAAGAAGAUGAAGCACAUGCAGCUGGUCAGCGAAACCAUCAACCAGAUCAAGACACGGUUCGUGCCCAAGGUUCCAGACAUCAAGAAGUGUAUCGAGAUCCUUCUCGAUAAGGAGUACCUAGAGCGCCUCGAGGAGGAUGAACUCGGAUACCUCGCCUGA